GGGGAACCGCCUGCCCCGCGCCUCUCCGGAGCAGAGGACCUGGAGCGGGGCUGGGUCCUCCUCCCGCCCCCGUCCUCCACCUCCCACGUGGAGUCAGGGUUGACCCUCCUGGGAGGUCUCCCAGGCUGCUAACUCAACAGAUCUUUCCCCGCAAAAAAAGUGAGACCUGUGCCCAUUUGACAGCCCUUGGCGGGAACGUACCUUUAGUUAAGGGCAGACUAGGAUUUGAAUCCAUCCAGAGCUCCUAUGAUCCUCUGCUCUGCGCUGGGCGGCUGGGCGUGGGGCUUCCCAUCCCACCGCACCAGAUAGCUUGCCUACCUGAGGUGAGGGGCUAAGGAGGACCCUCCCCUCUCUUCAGGGGUCCCUGGCACAGCCGUCUUCAUGGGUGAGCCAUGAGCCACCAGAUCCUGCUGCUCCUGCCCGUGCUGACCCUGGGCCUGGCUACCUCCCAGCAGGGAGACAAGGUGCCCUGUAAGAUGGUGAACAAGGAGGUCUCCUGCCAGUGCCGCGGCCUGGCGCAGGUCCCCUCGGGGCUGCCGUGGGACACGGAGGCCCUUGACCUGUCUGGAAACCAGCUUCAGAGCAUCCUGGCCUCGCCCCUCGGCCUCUACGCAGCGCUCCGCCACCUGGACCUGAGCGCCAACGAGAUCAGCUUCCUCCAGCCGGGCGUCUUCCAGGCCCUGUCCCACCUGGAGCACCUCAACCUGGCCCACAACCGCCUGGCGCUGAGCGCCGGGGGCCUGGGUCACCUGCCGCACCUGAGCUCGCUGGACCUGUCCGGGAACAGCCUGUACAGCGGCCUGCUGGAGCAGCUGCUGGGGGAGGCGCCCGCCCUGCGCACCCUGGCCCUGGCGGAGAACAGCCUGACCCGCCUCGCCCGCCAGACCUUCGGGGGCACCCCCGCCCUGGAGCGGCUGGACCUGCACAGCAACGUGCUCAUGGACAUCGAGGACGGCGCCUUCGAGGCCCUGCCCCGCCUGACCCACCUCAACCUCUCCCGGAACUCCCUCACCUGCAUCUCCGACUUCAGCCUCCCGCAGCUGCGGGUGCUGGACCUGAGCUGCAACAGCAUCGAGGCCUUCCAGAUGGCCCCCGAGCCGCAGGCCGGCUACCAGCUCACCUGGCUGGACCUGCGGGAGAACAAGCUGCUCCGCUUCCCGGACCUGGCCGCGCUCCCGGCGCUCCUCUACCUGAACGUGUCCAACAACCUCAUCAGCCUCCCCGCGCGGCCGCCCCCGGGGGGCAAGGCCACCCAUGCCCCUUCCGAGGGCUGGUCGGCCUCGCCCCUCUCGGACCCCCCCGGCCGCCGCCGGAACGCCAGCGCCCACCCCCUCUCCCAGCUCUCGAACCUGGAUCUGAGCUACAACGAGAUCGAGCUUGUCCCCGAGGGCUUUCUCGAGCACCUGACCUCCCUGCGCUUCCUGAACCUCAGCCGGAACUGCUUGCAGGCCUUCGAGGCUCCGCGGGCGGGCUCGCUGCCCUGCCUGGUGCUCCUGGACGUCAGCCACAACGCGCUGGGCACGCUGGAGCUGGGCGCCGGGGCCCUGGGGUCUCUGCGGACGCUGCUCCUGCAGCACAACGCCCUGCGCGGCCUGCCCCCGCAAACCUUUGCCGGCCUGGCGAGCUUGCAGAGGCUCAACCUGCAGGGGAACCGGGUCAUUCCGUGUGGGGGGCCGGGCGGGCCCGGGUCCUCCGGCUGCGUGGACUUCUCUGGCAUCUCCUCCCUCCGCAGCCUGAACUUAGUGGACAACGAGCUGGAGACGCUCCGGGCGGGUGCCUUCCUCCACACGCCCCUCACAGAGCUGGACCUCUCUUUCAACCCGGGCCUGGAUGUGGCCACGAGGGCCCUGGCGGGCCUGGAGGCCUCCCUGGAGGUGCUGGCCCUGCAGGGCAACGGGCUGGAGGUCCUGCAGGUGGACCUGCCCUGCUUCAGCUGCCUCAAGCAGCUCAACCUCGCCGAGAACCGCCUGAGCCGCCUGCCGGCCUGGACGCAGGCCGUGUCUCUGGAGGUGCUGGACCUGAGGAACAACAGCUUCAGCCUGCUGCCCAGCAGCGCCAUGGGCGGCCUGGAGACCAGCCUGCGGCGCCUCUACCUGCAGGGCAACCCGCUCAGCUGCUGCGGCAACGGCUGGCUGGCGGCCCAGCUGCACCAGGGCCGCGUGGACGUGGACGACGCCACCCGGGACCUGACCUGCCGCUUCGACUCCCAGGAGGAGGUGUUCCUCAGCCACGUGCGCCCCGAGGACUGUGAGAAGGGGGGGCUCAAGAACGUCAACCUCAUCAUCAUCCUCACCUUCACGCUCGUCUCCGCCGUCGCCCUCGCCAUGCUGGCCACCUGCUGCUGCGUCCGCCAGCAGAAGUUCAACCAGCAGUACAAAGCCUAGAGCAGCCGGGCUGCAGGAGAGCUCAGUGGGGAGCCCCUCCCAGGAUGGCGGGGUGGGGGGGGGGGGAGCCGAGGGGAGCCUGAGGCACAGAGGAGGGCGAGGUCCAAACCAGGGCCACACCGUGAGCGUGAGCGGGGGGUCCCAGAGCCCUGGUCUCUGAACCCCAGCCCGGGCUUCCUGUCGCCGCCUCCUGCCACACUGGUAGGUGCCGCACUUCCCGGGCCUCACAUGUGCUCCAGCUGCAGACGCUGGACGCCGAGCUGUAUCGGGAGUGACGAAGAAUGAGGAUGACCCAUCAGAUCAACAAAUCUUCACCCGACAUCUGUUUUGUGCCACACCCUGCGCUGGGCACGGAGGACACAGCAAGCAUCUCCCCAUUGGGGCGGGGAUGGCAACCCAGCGCUGUGCAGGGACCACACAGUGCGGAGCCCAGGGCUGUGAGUGCUGGAGAGGGAGGGGGGUCGGCUGGGAAGUGGGGGAGUCCUGCCCCGCCAGGCCAGGGCCGGGGAAGGGAAAGACCGGGAGGAUUUGUCUGAGGCCUUUCCAAGGAGACUGUUUGUCACAUCUUCUGAUAAUGACUCUCAGCUUCUCUGGAACAUGACGAACUUGUAACAGGAAGAGAACCGGAGCCACAUGCGCGUGCUUGGGGCCCAGCACUCCAGGCAGACCGUGGCGGCUGCAGCAGGUCGGGUUCCCAGGCUGCUGCCUUGGGCUUUGGCCAGCCCUGGUCCGUCAUUUCCGGCUCCGGGCAGACUCUUUGCCCCACCUGGCUCUCUGGGGUUGCACACUGGCCCCAGUACCGCCGUGGCCUCCUCCACUCCCCGCUCCAUCCCAGGAGGGGAAGGCCUGAGGCCUCUGGUUCUGUUUGGCCCCAGGCUUGGCAGCUGUAGCAAACCCAAGGCUGCGUCUGCCCCUUGAUGACAACCUUCUGAGGCUGGUAUUUAACACCAGUUUAUAAAAGGGGCUCCAAGCCUCCCUGCAGGGUAUCCCGGCUACAAAAUGCGGCACUGAGAUUCAGAACCACAUCAUCCUGACUCGGGGGGAUGAGCUUUGCCGCUGCGGGGCUGCUGGCUGGCUGUCGGGGGGACAGAAAGUGGGCCCCGUUGCUGGCACGGGGCCUGGGAGCAUCCUGCACUGUACAUCCCACCAGUCCCUCUCUCUCCACUCUCCCAAGCAGGCAGAGAGAAGACAGGCGGCCACGGGCCCUCUCUUCCUCUGCCUCAGUUUCCCCUCGCUCCCUCCUUUGCAGAUUGGUGUGGGUUCUUUCUCUCCUCUUGCUCUUGCAUUCCCAUUUUCCAAAGAGCACAGCCUAGAAUGUGAGACCAUGGAGUCCCACCUCCCCCUUACACAGAUGGGGAAACUGAGGCUUAGGAAGAGAAAGGGACUUGCUCAGAGAUGCACAAGUCAGUGGCAGAGCCUGUGGGAAAAAGGUGGAUUCAGACCCCAUUACGGGUGUCAGGAGGUGGAUUGGGGAGAUUGGACCUGAGUGAUUUUUCUGCUCUCUCAGGUGCCACAUCACAAGAUAAUGCUCCAGCCGCUCUUUUGGGUCCACCCCCUCUUAGAAAAGUGGGUUAAAAAAAAAAAAAAAUCCAGAUCUAAACCCUUGUUCCUCCUGCCCAUGGAACCAUGGGCUGUCCUGGGACCAGCCCAGGGCCCUAUGCUGUUGUCUUCCCCUCCCACCUGUGCUUGGCUGGGGUCUGGUUCAGGAUGGUGCUGGGUGAAGUGUGAGACAAUGAACACUCCACUCUCUCUGCCCCAUUCUACAGAUGGAAAAACUGAGGCCCAGAGAGGGAUCGAGGAGUCAGGAAGUCAAUGGCAAAGCCAGGGCUGGAACUUGAUGUCCUGGCCCCAUCUGGGGCCCUGGGGGUCUGGGGGGCAGCCCAGGGGCCCAGUCCUGGUUGAAUUGUGACAGAGGUGCUCACAGCACACACACACUCUUUCUCAGGCUUGGGGCAGGUGUGGGCCCCUCCACGCCUGGUCUUUGAAAACACUACACAAUGCUGCUCUCACCUCCCAGGGCCAGGCCACAGCCCAGGCCCCGGGACUAGCUCUUUGUAUAACCACAUGAAUGUAUUAAAAAAUGAUGUUGGAGACAC